GUAUCAAUCAAACUUCAUUAGGAUUAAAACAUCCUUCCACUUCCGAAGUAAACAGUGUUAAUCCAAAAAAGCCAAAGACUGAUGCAAGUGUUUCCGAAACAAGUCCUUUGUCUUCAUCAUCUUUACUUAAGUCCCCUUCAGAGGCUUCUCCCCAGGCUGUAGGGUCAAAUAUAAAUACCUCAUCACUUCAGUCUGAAGCUGGAGACCCUUCACUACGACAUUGUCCAAACUGCCAAGUUAAGUUCAGGUUUUUGGAUCUUUUGAAAUGCCAUAUAAAGCUUUGCUGCCCAAACAUGAUAAAUCACUUUCUGGAAACUCUUCAGUCAGAUGAUUCAAAGGAUGAAAACAAAGCUAACAUUGGCUCAGACGAAGGCAAAUUGAUCAUGCUGGUUAGUGACUUUUAUUAUGGAAGAAAUGAAGGAGCUAUUGCGGAACACCCGAAGACUUACAGAACUUUUAAAUGCUUCAGGUGCUCGAAAGUUUUUAAGAAUAAUAUUAGAUUCAUGAACCACAUGAAACACCACUUGAAACCUGAGAAACAGAAAAAAGAGACCUGGAAAAGCCGUUCUACAUCUCUUUGCAAAAUCUGUGAAUUGUCAUUUGAAACAGAGCAUAUCUUUUUACAACAUAUGAAGGACACUCAUAAACCUGGUGAAAUGCCCUAUGUUUGCCAGGUUUGCCAGUUUAGAUCAUCAAUAUUUUCUGAUGUGGAAAUUCACUUUAAAUCAUCCCAUGAAAACACUGAGAACUUGCUAUGUCCAUUUUGCCUCAAAGUUGGUAGAAUGGCAACCCCUUAUGUGAAUCAUUGCAUGAGACAUCAGAGAAAAGGAAUUCAUCAUUGCCCAAAAUGCAGACUACAAUUUUUGACCUGCAAGGAGAAAACAGAUCAUAAUUUAGAACACCGUACAUUUAUACAGCCUAAAGAACUAGAAGGAUUGCCUUCCGGAACAAAAGUCACUAUUCAGGCUUCAUUUGGAUCUGCUCAAUCAAGCUCAUCAAGCCCAUCUUCUAGUUCUAUUCCAAGCAUUUCUCUUGAGGUCUCAGCUCCAAUGUCUAAAAUUACAACUACUGAAAAUAACUCAAAAUUAUUUGCAAAUAAUGUUAAGAAAAGUAAGCCAAUUUUAAGCACAACUCGUAAGCCCAAGUCAAGUAAUCCAGGUACAGGUAUAACUAAAUCCAAAGCCAAGCCCUCCUACAAGCAAAAGAGACAGCGCACCAGGAAAAGCAAAUUAAGUAUAUAUUUGAAGAAUUUAAGAUGUCACCAGGGAAUUUACACGUGUAUUGAGUGCCAUUCCAAAAUAACAGAUUUUUCAAGCCACUUUUCUACAUUUAUAAACUGUGAUGUUUGCAAGUAUACCACUAACUGCAACCAAGCCUUUACAAAUCAUACGAUCUCUCAUAAUGACCAACCAAGUAAACAGUUUUAUAUUUCUAAGAAGCAUUCCCAAGCCCUCAGGGGCAUCACUCUAGUGUGCCUUAAAUGUGACUUCCUAGCUGGUACUUCUGGCUUAGACCGUAUGGCUAAACACUUAAGUCAACGUAAAACUCAUACUUGCCAAGUUGUAAUAGAGAACGUUACUGAAAGAACCUUAACUCCUGAAUCCACUUCUGAUGGCUUGUUGAAAUAGAUUCCUGCUCUAUGGAGCUCGUGCAACCUGGUGCAAGACAAGUUGGAAUUUCCUAAGCUGAAAGUUCUGCAGUGUUUGCGUUCACAAAUCCAGUUUCCUAAGUUCAAAGUUCUGCAGUGUUUUCAUGAAAGCUGUUAAAAUCCAUGACACUCACUGUCAUUAUUCAGCUCUUUUCAGCUUUCAGGUGGCAGUAGAUCGUUAUUGUGUCAGGUUAACAUAUCUGAAUGUGCUGUUCUUUUCCAGUUGGCUCUGGAAAAAGAACUUUGGUUCUGUUGUCUUUCUUACUUUGCUUCAGAUAAUUUGUUUUCUCUGCUGUAGUUGCCUCCAGAGUAUUACAUACAAAUGCUGUAGCUGUUCCUUUUCCUCUUUGUCUGUAUCUUGAUUUCUUACAAGUCUUGCUGCUCAGAUAGCAUUCAUUCUUUGUCAUUGUUCUAUUUUUCAUACUUUUCAGAUACAGAGGCAACACAGAAAUUUCAAAAAUGUCCAGUGGACUCCUGGACAUUGUCCUACUUCGAUGGACACAACUGAUGCCUGUUCUCUCAUUCCAAGGAAUGUGAAUUGUUUGACUGUGAGACCAUUUUCAAUUUGUGGCCUUGGGAAUUUAUCAGUUCUUAGGCACUGUCCCUGACAGUCCUUCCAUAAGGCUGAUUUUGAUUUGGCCACAGAUGACUUCAGGGUGCACCAAACUAAACACAGCUUCCCACUGGGGGCUUUGAUUCUUACAUUUAACCUUUUGAGUUGGCUCUAAUAAUGAAAGCCCAUCAAGUGAGUGCUUUGACAUACACCACGUUUAAUCACUUUGGCUACAGUCCUUCAAUAUUCCUCACGCAGUCUACAGUGCAAGAAAAGCCUGAUUGUAUGGGGAGUGAGGUUACUGCCAUAUUCUUGGAAAAACAAACGUUGUGAAAAUGUGGCUCCAAAUUAACACUAAUGUAUGUUAUCAUGUAAAGUUUUAGCCAGAAUACCACAAGUUCUCAGCAAUUCUAGUAUUUGAAUUUUUACUUUUUUUUUGGUUAUGAUUUAUUUUAUUUUAUGUGUAUUGGUUGGCCUGCAUGUAUGUCUGGGUAAGGUUGUCUGAUCCCCUGGAACUGGAGUUAGAGUUGUGAGCUGCCAUGUGGUUGCUGGGAAUUGAGCCCAGGUCCCCUGGAAGAGCAGCCAGUCCCUUUAAUGUGCAAGCCAUCUCUCCAGCCCCCUCCUAAUUGUUUUUGAAAAAUUAAAUUUAGAUAGCACUAUUUUUUGACAUUCACCAAAUUUAGUGAUGUCCAGUUUAUAUGUCUACUUUUACAAUUUUUGCUUAAAUCUUUUGUUUUGUGUUAAAAUUGCCAAAAAAUUUCUUUAAAAUUCUCUACAUAUUUCAUGUACCUACUUAUUGGUAGUUUCUUUGUUUGUUUGUUUCUUUCUUUCUUUCUGUCUGUCUGUCUGUCUGUCGUUUUUUCUCUUUGAGGCAUGGUCUGUGUUAUGUAGCUCUGGCUAUCCUGAUACUCACUAUAUAGAUCAGGCUGACCUGAUUUGUGCCUGCCUCUACCUCACAAGUGCUGGAUUCAAAGGUGUGCGUGAUACUUGUUUAUGUCACUAGACAUUAAUAUAUGCUCUGUCUUAUCUUGGGAUUAUUAUCAACAUGUUAGUGGUCAGGAAUUUAAAGACAAUGAACAAAAAGUUCCUUUACAAACACGUUUUAAGUUAAGUUGCUAUUCACUUAAUAGUUACUGUAAUUCCGUUCGAUAAAGAUAAUAUAUUAAAAAUAUUGGGACCAAAAAGUGCACAUGUUUCUUGCCCACAGAUACAGAGAGAGAGAUGUAUACAUUUUUAUUUUGGUGUUUGUUUAUUUUGAUUACAUUGAAUAUAUGUUUUCUGAACAGUUUUAUUGUUACUUAUUUUUUUAA